AAAGUGCUCUAAUAAAAAAUACAGUUUUUGGUGAAAAAGUCACAGUAAAGAACAUUUAGGAUACUUCUGUGUGUGUUGGAGGUUGGGUUUGCUGCUCUUUCUAUUUUCUGCUGCUUCUGUUCCCCCAGCUGCCGGCUGUCAAUCAAACGUACUUUGGCAGAAGGUCAGCAGGCGUUCGGACGAGCGCGUUCGGACAUUUGACAACAUUCAGGCUCAACAUGAAGACUGGACAUGCUGGUGCUGCUGCUGUGUUUCUCCUCUCGCUGCUCCUGCCUGCGUGCUGGUGCAGGAACGAGGAGGAGCGCCUCAUCAACUUCCUGUUCAAGGAGCGCGCCUACAACAAGGAGCUGCGUCCCGUGCAGAGGCAGCAGGACGCCGUGGACGUGUACCUCGCUCUCACCCUCUCCAACCUCAUCUCCUUGAAAGAAGUGGACGAGACGCUGCUCACCAACGUUUGGAUCGACCAUACAUGGACAGACUACCGGCUGACGUGGAACGAGACCGAGUUUGACGGCAUCAACAUGCUCCGCCUCCCGUCCAGCAUGGUGUGGCUUCCAGAGAUCGUGCUGGAAAACAACAACGACGCCCAGUUCCAGGUGGCCUACUACAGCAACGUGCUGGUGGACAGCAGCGGUCUGUGCUACUGGUUGCCUCCCGCCAUCUUCCGCUCCUCCUGCUCCAUCAAUGUCAACUACUUCCCCUUCGACUGGCAGAACUGCACGCUCAAGUUCACCUCGCUCACUUACAACGCCAAGGAGAUCAGAAUGCUCCUGAAGGAGGAGGCCGACGAUACGAGCAAGUGGACAGUGGAGUGGAUCAUCAUCGACCCCGCCGGUUGGACAGAGAACGGCGAGUGGGAGGUGAUACACCGUCCGGCAAAGAGGAACACCUACAGGCACAUUCCCAUGGAGAGCAACAAGCACCAGGACAUCACCUUCUACCUGAUCAUCAAGCGCAAACCUCUCUUCUACAUCGUCAACAUCAUCAUCCCCUGCGUGCUCAUCUCCUUCCUCGCCUCACUCGUCUACUACCUGCCUGCCGACAGUGGCGAGAAGAUGACCUUGUCCAUCUCGGUGCUGCUCGCUCAGUCCGUCUUCCUGCUGCUGAUCUCUCAAAGGCUGCCGGAAACUUCCAUGUCUGUUCCGCUUAUCGUCAAGUAUCUGAUGUUCAUCAUGGUGCUUGUGACGGUGGUGGUGUUAAACUGCGUGGUGGUCCUCAACCUGCACUUUAGGACCCCGAGUACUCAUGUCAUGUCUGAGUGGACCAAGAGGUUCUUCCUUGAGCGUCUGCCUCGCAUCCUGCGUAUGUCCCGCCCGGCGGAGGCGGAGCCUUACUGGGACGGGGCAUUGCCACGGCGGUCCAGCUCGGCGGGCUACAUCGCCUCGGCCGAGGAGUACUACAGCGUCAAGUCUCGCAGCGACCUCAUGUUCGAGAGGCAGUCGGUGAGACACGGCCUCACCGCCCGACCCACGCACGCCGCAGUGAAAAAGCUGCAGGGGGACGGCGGCGUCACGGAACAGCUGUACGGGGAAAUCAAGCCGGCGGUGGACGGAGCCAACUACAUCAUCAAGCACAUGCGCAACAAGAAUGACUACAACGAGGAGAAAGACAACUGGAGCGGCAUCGCUCGCACGGUGGACCGACUCUGUCUCUUUCUGAUCACCCCGGUGAUGACCUUUGGCACCAUCAUCAUCUUCCUCAUGGGCCUUUACAACCACCCUCCGCCUUUGCCUUUCGCUGGAGAUUCCUACAACUACAGAGAGGAAAACCCUCGUCUAAUGUGACACACACACACACACACACACACACACACACACACACACACACACACACGUAUUCUCUUUUCUUUGACUUUUGUGUUUCUUUUUUGAUGUGAAUAAUGAAAUUAGAUCAAUUUAAUUAGAACGACAGGGCGUAAGUGUGCAUUUGUUUUGUAUUUUGGAUGUGACUAAUCACUACAAGUGCCUAACCGGAACAAAAACAAUUCUUGUGAAUUCAGUAAUUAUAUUAUUGUUGAUAUAUUAUAUGCUGUAAUAAUGUACCUGAACUAAACUGCAAAGUGGACAUGUGCUGUGCUUUGUAGGUGGGAAAAAACAAGCGCUCCUUUUAUCCUGUAAACCUCUUCUGAGCUCAUUGUCAACGAACAUGGCGUCGACUGUGUGGGACGUCCUCACUGUCUCAGAGGAAGACAUUUUUCCUGCUAUUGGCACCAAAUGUUCAGCAAACAUUCUGCGAGGAAGGGGAAAAAAACACGAGGCUUAAACCCAUCAAACGUUAUCAGCCAGCAUCGCUACGACUGCGUUUUGAGAAGCUAGUGCUGCAAGGUGUGCACAAACUACAGUUAACCCUAAAUGUAAAAAAUAAUAGAUGUACAGUACAAAGGUUGUGUGUAUUGGUCUUUAGCAGCGGGAAGUUAUCGACUUAAAAAGUGAUGCUUCGAAGUGCAUGAGAAAGUGGAAAUAACAUUUUACAGUAGAAGUACAGUGGAACCUCGAUUCACGAACAUUUAUUGUUUUUUGAACAGGGUUUGUAAAUUGAAAAGUUCGUAUAGUGACGCAAAUUUCUCCAUAAAAAUAUAAAUAUGAAUAAUGCGUUACAGCCUUGACAUUAAAGUUCAUAUUUUAUUGAAGGUUUGUACACGUUAUACACAAUAUCAAGUUAAAGUACCAAUGAUUGUCACACACAGUAGGUGUGGCAAAAUGACUCUCUGCAUUUGACCCAUCACCCUUGAUCACCCCCUGGGAGGUGAGGGGAGCAGUGGGCAGCAGCAGUGGCCGCGCCCGGGAAUCAUUUUUGGUGAUUUAACCCCCAAUUCCAACCCUUGAUGCUGAGUGCCAAGCAAGGAGAGAAUGGGUCCCAUUUUUAUAGUCUUUGGUAUGACUCGGCCGGGGUUUGAACUCACAACCUACCGAUCUCAGGGCGGACACUCUAACCACUAGGCCACUGAGUAGGUGUAUAAAUAUAAUAUAAAUACAAUAAAAAGUGCAAUACAGCACUGUGUAUCAAACAAACAUAACAAAGGGGUGAUAGAUCAACUUUCUAUUCAAUAACAAGCCAAAAAAAAACAAGCUGAACUGUGCGCGAUGCGCAGACACUCAGAAGGCACUAUGGUGCCCUCACAAACGAUCACAAAUCACAAAAAUCCUUAACUUUACAAUCAUAUUGCGACAAUAAUAGAUAUUUUAAAAAGUAAAAUCAGGGAGGCAGGGAGGAGAUAACACAGGACGGGCGUCGGGGUGAAAGAAUCUCCACUGAACGAGAAAUAAGUCUGCAAUGGCAAUUUUUGUUUUCCAGAAAAGUCCGGUCUUAUCACAAUUAGAACUUGUUGUGGUACGAAGCCUGCUUCGAUGAUUCUUCCAUACUUGUGAACGGCAUUAAUGUACUCCCCGCAAAUAGUCUUUUU